AGAAAAUAAUUUUUUUUUUCAAAAACGUUUCUAAUGUAAGUAAAAACCACAAAAGGCCUAAAUUAGACAUAACACGUCACCAGCCUGCAUCUGGAUUGUUUCGAACAGCACGUAAUCGGUGGGUGGUGGUGCAGGAUGGCGGAGGGCCGGGAGCUGUGUGACCCAGAUAAAAUGUAUUUCCAGAUGAUACGCGAGGAGCAAACGGAAACGCUACGCGUCCCGGGUAUAUGAAACCAGUUAAGCCUGUUUUUGAAAUUAAAAAUCAGCGGGCAAAAUCCAAAUGGCAUUCGUAGGGUACGACGACCAAACAAUCAUUCUGUACGUGAACGCGAUCGCGUGCGGUGUUAUUAUUUAGUUCUAGUCGACAAAAUAUACAUCGCAAGGACAUAUAAUACAUAAACCUAGCUAAUUGGUAAACGAUAUAGACAUUAUAAAUAAAACAAAGGUGUGUUAGUGAUAAUAAAUAGCAACGAUGAUUAUGCGUAUAGUGAUAACGAUCGCAGUGGUGUGUCUCGCGAUUUCGAGUUUAUCUACGGCAACGGCGGAAGCGGAAGCUAGCCUACAACAGUCAGCGGAGGUACCGAAAACGAACGUACAGCAGCAAAACGUCGUCCCAGACGACGAAGAGAUUAAAAUCAACGUGUCUGCCAUUGCCGCCAGGUUCAUCAAAGAUUACGUGACACCAACAUUAUGCUCAUACUCUCCAGGAUUUUGUGCCAAGCACCAACUAGAGAGCAGAGAUAUGAAAAGCUAUUUGGCCACAGCCGGAACAUUGUUCGCGGGAGUGUUGGGCGUUAUUUUGACUAAAAUCACAGUGCUGAUUGUUUUAUCGGUGCUCUCCACAGUCAUCGGAAAAAUGUUGCUACUCUACGCAUUAUUCAAGACAGCCCCACACCACGACCAUCACAGCUACAAGUCAGCCCACUACAACGCACAUCCGUUAGUCAAGUAUACCAAGGACAAGUACUACAUCAAGAACUCACCGUCAGUUCAUAGUCACGAUGUGCUCGUCGACUCACCUCCUGAGCACGACGCCUCCCCUUACAUUGCUCAUUCACCAUACAUCCUGGAAUCUGCUGUCCAUGACCAUAAGUUAAAAGGAGUGUCUUACUACAAACGAUAACGCACCGCCACUACGCUCCGUCCCUGGUCAGUUUUAUAGUCAUCCAAUCAA